AUGUUGGUCAGAUGUGCUCGUAUAGGUUUUGUCAAUAGUGGUAGAGGUUGUUAUAAAUCUACUUUAAACUAUUCCAGUACAAGUGGUAAUGUUAAUUCUGUAGAAAAUGAAGCUGCAUCUUCCAAGUCUGCCAAAGAAACUUCUUCUACUGAUGAGAAAACUUCUUUAGAAAGUUCUGCUGUUCCUUCAUCAAGAUUAUCAAGAUUAUUCCAUUAUGGUUCAUUGGCUGCUGGGGUUGGUAUUUCUGUGGCUUCUCAAGGGAUACAACAAGUCGCCAAAGGUGAAACUCCAAGUUGGAAAGAUUUGAUCUUAUCAGAUUCCAAUAUCAAUCGAAUCACCAAAAAAUUUUCCAAGAUGAGGGGUGCUGCGUUGAAAAUUGGUCAAAUGAUGUCAUUCCAGGACGAAAAAAUAUUACCACCACAAUUGUAUCAAAUCCUUUCCAAAGUACAAAAUAACGCCAAUUAUAUGCCAAUUAGACAAUUGAAUAGAGUAAUGUCCACUGAAUUGGAUUCCAUAGAUUGGGAAACUAAAUAUUUCCAAAGAUUCGAUAAAAGACCAUUUGCAGCUGCAUCAAUUGGUCAAGUUCAUGAUGCAAUCUUAUUGGAUGGCACAGAAGUUGUGGUCAAAGUUCAAUACCCGGGUGUGAAAGAUUCCAUUGAUUCAGAUUUAAGUAAUCUAUUAAUGCUAUUAACUGCUUCUAGUCUUUUACCAAAGGGUCUUUUCCUAGAUAAAACAAUUGCCAAUGCAAGAAAGGAAUUGAAAUGGGAAUGUGAUUAUAUUAGAGAAGCACAAAGUUUGAUUCAAUUUGAAGAAUUGCUUCAAAAUGAUCCAACUUUUGUAGUGCCACAUGUUUUCCAAGAAUUGACUACAAAUAAUAUCAUUACCAUGACAAAGAUGAAAGGUUAUGAAAUCAUGAAAUUACCUCCCAAUAUACAAAAUGAUCAAAAGAUUAAAAAUUUCAUAUCUGAAAAUAUAAUGCGUUUAACACUAUUAGAGAUUGCCCAAUUCAAAUUUAUGCAAACAGACCCAAAUUGGGCAAAUUUCCUUUAUAAUCCAACCACAAAUAAAUUGGAAUUAUUAGAUUUCGGUGCAUCAAGAGAUUUUUCAGAUGAAUUCAUUUGGAAUUAUAGAAGAUUGUUAACAUAUGCUAUGUUACGUGAUAGAAAGGGUGUCACUGAGGUUUCCAAGACUUUAGGUUAUUUGACAGGUUAUGAAUCCACUGCAAUGGUAGAAGCUCAUGUAGACAGUGUAAUGACUUUGGGUGAACCUUUUAUCAAGUAUAAUUCAAAUCCAGAUCAAAUGUUUGAUUUUAGUGAUCAAACAGUUUCAGAUAGAAUUAGAGGUAACAUUAAAUUGAUGUUAAAUGAAAGAUUAUGUCCUCCACCUGAAGAAACUUAUUCUUUACACAGAAAAUUCAGUGGUAUAUUCUUAUUAUGUGCCAAGAUGGACGCACAAGUUCGAUGUUCCAAAUUAUUUGAUGAAAUUUUUGCAAUUCAUGAUAGAAAUUGA